AUGAAGUUUCAAUACCUUUUUGCCGUUUUUCUUUUAGUAUGCCUUUCACUGGCCAACAUACAAGCCAACAUUCCAGCGUCACUUCAGAGAAGAAAGGGAAGCCAUGGCGAAGGCGAAGGCGAAGGUGGAGGUGGAGGUGGAGGCGAAGGUGAAGGUGAAGGUGAAGGUGAAGGUGGUGGUAAUGGUGGUAGUGGUGGUAGUGGUGGUAAUGGUGGACAUGGUAACUCAGCAAAAGCUACAACACACGCCACACCAAAAGUAACUACACACGUCACACCAAAAGUCACUACACACGUUACACCAAAAACAACUACCCAAAUUUUGCCGAAAAGUACAUCUCAAGAUUCACCAGAGGUAUUAUCGCAGGUCUCAGUAAAGCCUUCUGGGCAAGUCUCGGUAAAGCCUUCUUCACAAGUUUCAGCAAACUCUGCAUCACAAGUUUCAGCAAACCCUCCUUCUCAAGUUUCAGCAAACUCUGCAUCACAAAAUUUGCCAAGAGUUUCAACAGAGACAUUGACCAAAGUAGCUUAUAUCCCUAUCAUUUUUACAAAUAAAUUCGGGCAUUAUACUACUUCUACAAAGAAAAGCACCUACGUUACUAAGGUCAAUACAACUCUGUAUUCCUCAUCCAAUGAUGGGAUCAGAUCAAUUAUUGGUACGUCUUUCAACUUUGCUGGAACCACAAUUUAUGGAUUAAUGAUUUUCAUGACCAUUUUUGUAUUGGCUUUGGUUUAA